AUGUUCUCGUGCGCAAAAAUCACAACCCGCGUUGCACACCCUGUGUCAGCUAUCGCACGCCAAUUGUCUUCCAAGACAAUUGCAUUUCGCGCGGUGGCGAGACCCGGCUGCAAGAGCCUGGCGCCGUCCACGAUUGCGCAGCAGGUGCGUACGGUCCGUCAGAACCCGUUCCAGCGCCAUGGCCGCGAGUUUCAGCACGGUGCUGAGGAGAUUGUUUACACGGAUGUUCCUCCUCAUGAAAAGUCCGGCUUUAACUCCAACAGCUUUGCUGCUCGCGGCGGCUGGCCGCGUGCGCUGGCGAGCGUCGGUAUCGUCGUCGGUACCGCCAUUGGCGCCAACCUGUUCUUCAAUCGCGACAAGCGCGGCCAGCUUAGCAUGAUUGAGUCCAACUACCUAAACUCUACCUUUACUUAUCUUGGGGGUGGUCUCACGCUUACGGGUGCCACUGCGUACUUACUCCACCGCUCCGGCUUUGCUGCUCGCAUCAUGUUGGCCAAUCCUUGGCUUGUGCUCGGUGUCGGUCUUGUGACGUCCAUUGCUAGUAUGCUGGGCGCACAGGCACUUCCGCCGGGUCACCCUGGCAAGGUGCCUUGCUGGAUUCUGUUCAACAUUAGUCAGGGCGCUGCGCUUAGCCCGCUGCUCUUCCUCAACCCUGCCUUGCUUGCCCGUGCUGGUCUUUACACCGCCGGUGUGAUGGGCAGUUUGUGCUACGUUGGCGCAACCGCGAAGGAAGACAAGUACCUUUACCUUGGCGGGCCUUUGCUUGCUGGUGUGACGGUUGUUGCGCUCACUGCAUUUGCUCCGCUCGUCCUGCCCAGAACAAUGACUCGUACUUUGAUUGCUAGCGAGGCUAUUUGUCUUUACGGUGGACUUGCGGUCUUUGGUGCAUUUGUUCUCUGGGAUACGCAAAAGAUUUUGCAGCACGCGAGGAUGGUCCAGGCCGGUAUGCUGCGCCCUGACCCGCUUUCGGAGAGCAUUGGUUUGGAGCUCGACUUUAUCAACAUCUUUACGCGCAUUGUACAAAUUCUUGCCAUGCGCGACCAGCGCCGCAAGUAA